CCAAUCAGUUUCGUUUUCAAUAGGAGAUUGACCAGAUGUCUGUGUCAGUGUGUGAUUCAUCUAAAUUCUAGUCUAGAAUCUAGAUAGAUCUAUUUCUAUUCUAUAUUCUAGAUCUAAAUCUAGAUAAUAUCUACACAUUUUCGAUAAUUUAUAGAUCUAGAUGAGAGUAGAUCUAGAAUAAUCUAGAUCAAGUUUUAUUCUAGUAAAUACUAAGACUCUUAGUAAGACUCUAGACUAGUACACUUACACUACAGUACAGUGUACUGACUACAGUCACAGUCACUCACAGUGUACAGUGACUACUCAACUACUGUAACUGUACAAGUAGCUUAAGCCUUAGCUUAACUUGCAAGUUUUUAAGUUUUUUUCAAAUAUGGCAGAUGAUACUAAACUGUGUCAGAACUGUAAACGAGAUAUAGCAAGUGCUAAUUUCGUGAUGCAUGAAGUUCACUGUCGCCGGCACAUAGUACUAUGUAAAGACUGCAAUGAACCAGUUCCUAGAGCAGAGCUUGAGGAACAUUUCCAAGAACUUCAUGCUCAAGUUCCCUGUGAAAAGUGUGGCAAGACAACUACCAAGGAUGCAAUGGCAGAACAUUUAGCAGAUGACUGUGCCAAGAGAUUAUUACAGUGUACUUAUUGUGACCUGUCCGUCACAAAAGAAGAGCUAGAAUCACACAUGGGCUAUUGCGGGACCCGGACAGAGUGCUGCCCCCUCUGCCAGCAGUACGUCAUGCUGAAGGACAUGUUGAGACAUGAAAGCUCUGGAUGCACCUACCCUGAGCCCAAACCACCCCAGCAGCUGCCGCAGAGUGAUCCAGGAGUCUACAGCAUGGAGGAAUUGCAGCGGCUAUUAAAUGGUUCAGAAUUUGGUGUAGGAGAUUUCUUCAAUGACCCACACACAGAUUUCCUGUUCCCAUUCAACACCAACAAAAGUAACGUCACUCUGAGUAAUCCAGUCAGUAAUGGCUUGUCCACAAGUGCUGUGUACAAAAAGUCUGAUGUGAAUGUACACAGGGAUAAAAAAUCUCCCCCAGAGCUGGCAGAUGACUCUGCUAUCACCCAUGAUAUUGAUUAUGAUGAGAUGUUGGCUUUACAGUUGGCACAAGAAUGGGAACAGGAUGAUGAAGAUAUAGACAGUGACUUGGCUGUCAUACACCACAAAAGGCCGGUAGAUUCAUUAGCUGAUUUAGUGAGUAGUACUACUGAGACCCAUGUAACCACUAAGAAGCCGUUGUCACCCAUCACUAGUAAAGAACUUCUGCAACCCUCAAGAUUGAAUAAAGAACCUGAUUCAAAUGAUGAUGUUGACGAGGAGACCAAGAUUCCGUGUGAGUUCUGUGACCUGGAAGUAACACUGCACACUUAUUUUGACCACGUGGAAAAUUGUCAAAUUUCAAGAUUUUUCCAACAAAGUCAAAGUGUCCCUGACCUUAACAAUGAGAUCUCAAGUCCACAGAUGAGUAUGAGUCGUCACUCCAUCCCAGUAAUUAAUAAUCUCAGAUCAAUGCCAAGAAGUGAUCACGUAGUUCCCAAGUUGUCUGCUUCAGACGAUGACUUCAUGUUGCCCUGUGAAUUCUGUGAAGAAAUGUUUCCAUCAGAAAUCAUCAUUCAACACCAGAGUUUAUGCCAAGCAAAUGAACAACCCCCACACAGAGAGGCAACUUCUACACACAGAGAGGCAACUUCUACACAAAGAGAGGCUUCUUCAUUUGUCUCUAGCAGCAGAGGUUCUCACAAUGUAAAAACGAGAUCUGUCCGAAAUUAUCCCUCCCCCAAGAUGCCAGAGAAAAGUGGAAGGUCUCGGCACCGCCAGUCUUCUCCAUCCCUCAUUAACUAUGUGGGUCAAGAUGGUGGAGAUGCAGAUGAAAAUAUAAAUUACAAGAAGCCUUUGACAGCAAUGAGGCCUCUAGAGUCUACAAGUAACAAAUACAGCAGUUACCCAGUCAGUCGUUUUGACCCUGCUGUAACGAAACCACCAAGACGCCUCUCAAGACAUAACAGCCAUGGCGAUGAUGAUGGACCAGAAUUUACUGUUAGUAAACAAGAACAACGAACCAGAGCCAGAUUGAAUCAGUUUUUACAAGAUGAUGUCAGUCAAGGUGCCUCACCUUACACAAAAGAAGACGCCAGUAUUUCUAAAUCAAUGAGAACAACAGGGCAGGAAAGAAUCGGUGGGGAAAGAAAAUCUAAUGUAGACACUCGAACUGUUUUGAGACAGAUGGAAGACAGGGCAGCAAUGAGACAAACAGAAGACAGCUCAACAAGGCGAACAGAAGAAAAUAAGCAGACGUCAUCAAGAAAAAGAGCAUCCCAGAGAUCACAGUUAUCUAAUGAGACAGCUGCUGAAGGGCCUGCCAACAGGAACCUCUCGAGAUCACACCAUGUGUUCAGCCCUGAUUUACGAUUGAAACCAGAAAAUAAAAUUCCACCAAAAAAGCGGUAAACAAACAAAACAACAAACGCUUGGAUCAACUGAACAGAAACUGUGAUAGAUAUUUUUUCAUUGUUUAAUGUUUCGUUUCAUUUGCAAUUCACAUUUUUAUACAGCGGUUGAACUUGAUGAAGUUGUUGCUAAAAUUCACUUGAAAGACUUGAUGAAAAUGUCCAUCUAGGCUGAGCACCUUUUCUUGCAAAAUAAAUAUUUAUUUUGUUCCUUCUUAUUUAUGUAUACAGUGACACAACAUAAAUUGGCGGGCAUUUGCUUUUACCAUACAAAAGCUAAAAUUGUCUAGUGAAAUAUUCUAAGGGCUGAACAGAUGUACAAUGUCUUGAAAACUUAAAAAAAUAUUUUGGUGUACAGUUAAAUAACUUUUUUUUUUCUGAAACUUGCUUGGAUUGGAAAGUGCAAAGUCUUUCAUUUCUUUCAAUCUAUUAUUUUUUUUUUUUUUAUUAUCCUUUCUUAAAAAGCACUGUUUUAUUCAGCUUCAUGCUGACCUGUUUUAUCAUUGAAUGUAAGCUGUUGAAAAGAUGAUUUCAUACUAAAGGGAUUCAGUAUGAACAGUUCAGCCUGUAUGAAUGUUGUUUUUCUUUUUUUUUCAAGGGGAGACUUCUUUGUUAAAUAUCCAUGUAUUCAGCAAUAUUUGUCUACAUGUUUUUAGAAUUGACUUUAUAUAUAUACAAAUAUAAAUAGAUAAUAUGUAUAUCACAUUACUAAUUGCUAAUAUGAGUUCAUAAAAUAAAAUAAAUUUAUUAAUAGUUUUUUUUUUUUUACUGAUUUGCAUCUGAUGUAACACAAUAUGUUGUUCACAGUUCAACACUCUUUCUUCAUAUCUGUACUUCAAGGGAAUGUUUAUAUUAUUUGUGUCACUUGAUUAUUUUUCAAGUUACAAAAUUAUUUCAAUUUUUUUUUCUUCUUUUUUUAUAAAAAUUUACUCAAAAUGACUAUGUUCUUUAGUCCUUUUAUUUUACUGGGUAUAGUAAUGAUGCAUUCAAGCCUUGUACUGAAUGGAAAAAUUGAGGUAAAUAUAUAAAUAUAUAUAAAUUUGAUGCCACAGCCUCCUUGCCUGUUAGAACAAUGUCAAGGAUGCUAGGUUAUGUUUGGAACCUGUACCUAUUUUGGUUCAUUUGUAAGGAGUCUGAGCAACACCUUGUAAAACUUUUAUUUGGUUUGGUUUCAGACUCUUAUGUUAGUUAUACCUACCAGUACUUACUUUGUUGUUACUUGUACUGGUAUGGUUGAUCUGAUUGAUAAGAAACUGUCCAUUUUUUUGUACUAUCUGCUCUUUAAGGGAAGCAACCUUAGAUGGUACAGGUUGAUACUAAUAGUGCUUUCCCUUCUUAGCUUGACCUAUAAAUAUUUUGGAAAAAAACUUAAUUUUUUUGCAAUGUACUUGUGACAGUAUUUGAAGUAACUCUGAUUGGCAAAAAAAAAAAUAAAUGUUUUGUUUUUCAGUUUCCAUUGGCAACCGUCCUAAAGCUAUUCCUGCUGUGUGUCUCAAGAGCCUUACAAUUUCCAAUUAUACUGCAAUUUUAUUUUGGUUUCUGUUUCUUAACCUUUUUAAAAAAACUAAAUGAAUGCCUGGCAUCUUAUCAAGAAUGAAUAGAAUUGUUUUGGCAUAAACACUACUUAAUUUUUAACUUCAGGGUUUAAUUUAAAUAAUGAUGGAUAUAUUGAAUUUAAAGAAUUAAUACUAAACAACUGUAGCUAGUUCACUUGUCAAGAAGUGUAUAUCCUUCAAUCGGAAUAAAUUCACAGUGUUGUUAUGUAGACAACUUGCUCAUUUCUACUCAAUAAAGAGACUUAACUUA